AUGAAGCUGUUAGUAGCUAUAGGAUUGUGUUUGGCGGGAUGCGGAGCUUUGAGCACUAAACAGCAGCGCAGGUUUCCCGAUGACUUCCUCUUCGGGACGGCGACAGCUUCCUACCAAAUAGAGGGAGCAUGGAACGCUGAUGACAAGGGAGAGAACAUCUGGGAUCACAUGACUCACACGAAGCCUCACGUGAUCAAGGAUCAGAGUAAUGGCGACAUCGCUGCCGACACCUACCACAACUACAAGCGCGAUGUCGAAAUGAUGCGUGAGCUCGGCUUGGACGCGUACCGGUUCUCCCUCUCCUGGUCCAGGAUUUUGCCCGACGGCCUCUCCAACAGGGUCAGCCAAGCGGGCGUCACUUUCUACAACAACUACAUCGACGAAAUGCUCGAGUACGGCAUCACGCCGAUGAUCACUCUCUACCACUGGGACCUACCCCAGAAACUGCAAGAGUUGGGAGGUUUCGCCAACCCACUGUUCCCGGACUGGUUCGAGGACUACGCGAGGGUUGUGUUCGAGCACUUCGGCGAUAGAGUGAAGCACUGGAUCACCUUCAAUGAGCCAAGGGAGAUCUGCUUCGAAGGUUACGAUACGACAACGAAAGCCCCGCAGUUAAAUGCCACCGGUGUCGGCGCGUACCUUUGUGCCAAAAGCCUGGUUUUAGCACACGCCAAGGCCUACCACGCAUACAGGAACGAUUUCGCCCCGAUCCAAGGCGGGCAAUGUGGCAUUACCAUCAGCGUUAACUGGUUCGGUGCGAAAACCGACUCUGAAGAAGAUCAGUUCGCAGCUGAACUCUACAGACAAGGAGAGUGGGGAUUGUAUGCGGAACCGAUCUUCUCCGAGCAAGGCGGCUUCCCCAAGGAGCUGUCUGAGAGGGUCGCCCAGAAGAGCUUGGAGCAGGGAUACCCAAGGUCACGGAUGCCAGAGUUCACUGAAGAAGAGAGGGCCUUUGUCAGGGGUUCCGCCGAUUUCUUCGGGGUGAACCACUACACGGCCAAACUUGUGUCACCCGGCGGGGAUUUCGUAGUGCCUUCCUUGCCUGAUGAUGUUGGCGCGAGCAUCUCUGUACCAGACGAUUGGCCUGUGUCUGCAUCGUCGUGGUUGAUACAAGCGCCGGACAGCAUUCUCAACGCGCUCACCCACCUCAAAGAGAAGUACAACAGUCCAGUGUUUUAUAUAACGGAGAACGGCUGGUCCAGCCCGCCAGAGGCCGGUCUUUUGGAUGAUGACAGGAUCCGGUACUACCGGGCGGCCUUGGAGAGUGCUCUCGAUGCUAUCGACGCUGGCGUGAACCUGAAGGGCUACAUGGCCUGGAGCCUGAUGGACAACUUCGAGUGGAUGGAAGGCUACACAGAACGCUUCGGUCUCUACCAAGUGGACUUCGAGGAUCCAGCGCGCAGCCGCACGCCCAGGAAGUCGGCGUUCGUCUACAAGCAGAUCGUCAAAUCGCGCGUCAUCGACCACGAAUACGAGCCGGACUCCAUGACCAUGACCAUCGACGAAGUCGAAAUGGGCCUGAGCAAUAGUAAAAUGAUAAUUGUUGCUGCGGGAGGUGAGAUCGGCCUCAGCAAUAGUAUAAUGAUAAUUGUUGCUGCGGGAAUUGAGAUCGGCCUCAGCAAUAGUGUAAUGAUAAUUGUUGCUGCGGGAGGUGAGAUCGGCCUCAGCAAUAGUGUAAUGAUAAUUGUUGCUGCGGGAGGUGAGAUUGGCCUCAGCAAUAGUGUAAUGAUAAUUGUUGCUGGGGGAGGUGAGAUCGGCCUCAGCAAUAGUGUAAUGAUAAUUGUUGCUGCGGGAGGUGAGAUCGGCCUCAGCAAUAGCGUAAUGAUAAUUGCUGCUGCGGGAGGUGAGAUCGGCCUCAGCAAUUGUGUACUGAUAAUUGUUGCUGCGGGAGGUGACAUCGGCCUCAGCAAUAGUGUAAUGAUAUUUGUUGGUGUGGGAGGUGAGAUCGGCCUCAGCAAUUGUGUACUGAUAAUUGUUGCUGCGGGAGGUGAGAUCGGCCUCAGCAAUUGUGUACUGAUAAUUGUUGCUGCGGGAGGUGAGAUCGGCCUCAGCAAUUGUGUACUGAUAAUUGUUGCUGCGGGAGGUGACAUCGGCAUGGUG